CGAGGUCCGGCCUGGCGCAGGACGCUGGGAGCACAGCUGCCGUCACUGUGAUAAAGCGGGCGUUGGAACUGGAGGCCGAGUCCCGGUACCCGCAGGCUCUGGUGUGUUACCAGGAGGGGAUCGAUCUGCUCCUGCAGGUUCUGAAAGGACCAAGGCGAACCAUGCCAAAGGACAGGAAAUCCGUGGAAAACUUAGGAAACACUGCCUGUACCAAAGAGAAAGCCUGUUUGGAAUCUUGAGAGUCUAUUUUUUAAUUUGUAGGCACCAAAGAUGAAACAAAGAAGUGUAAUCUCAGAAAAAGAAUUUCUGACUACAUGGAUAGAGCAGAACACAUAAAGAAAUACUUGGACCAAGAAAAAGAAGCUGGAAAAUAUCACAAGCAAAUUAAAAUAGAAGAGAAUGCAACAGGUUUCAGCUAUGAGUCCCUUUUUCAAGAAUACCUGAGUGAAACAGUUACAGAAGUUUGGAUAGAAGAUCCUUAUAUUAGACACACACAUCAGCUGUAUAACUUCCUUCGAUUUUGUGAGAUGCUGGUUAAGAGACCAUGUAAAGUAAAAACUAUUCAUCUUCUCACCUCUCUGGAUGAAGGCACUGGGAAAGAGCAGCAGAGUAGUGGCCUGGAAGAGAUAAAACAGUCACUCAGGAAUCACGGAGUGCAUUUGGAACUAGAAUAUUCUUCUUCAAUACAUGACCGAGAAAUUAGGUUCAACAAUGGAUGGAUGAUUAAGAUUGGAAGGGGACUUGAUUAUUUUAAGAAACCACAGAGUCGUUUUUCCCUUGGAUAUUGUGAUUUUGAUUUAAGACCAUGUCAUGAAACAACAGUGGACAUUUUUCACAAUAAGCACACGAAAAAAAUAUGAUGGAUAGUAGCCUAACUUACAUAUAUAUUUAUACUUUAAAUGAAUGUUGGGUUUUUUUUUUUAAACUUUGGACAGAUCAUUCCUAUAAUGUAUGAAUUUAACAAUAAAUUUUUAUAUUUCUACUAA